AUGUCGGAUCCUCCUUCUCGCAUUCGUUCUAUCCUCAGUCAUCUUCGUCCUCAUCCAGCAGCGCCUGUCAACUAUCACACACUAUCCCCUACAACAUUUCUUGAGCGCGCUGCUGCCAUUGAGCCUGAUGCUGAAGCCAUCUUCCACAUCACUGUGAAUGGAGCUGUACUGCGUCGCUCCUAUGCCGAGUUUGCUGAUCGCGCUCGUGGCCUGGCUUACUAUCUCCUCAAGCACGGCUAUCGGCGCGUAGGCGUCCUCGCUCCCAACACGCCUGCUUUCCUCGAGUCCAUCUACGGCAUCGUUGCGGCAGGCGCUGUUAUUGUUCCAGCAAACUACCGUCUAAAACAAGAAGACAUCGCCUACAUCUUCGACUUUGCUGAAGUGGAUUGCAUUAUUGUUGACAAUGAGUUUGUUGGCUUGCUUGAUGCGUACAAGGAGAAGCACGAGAAUGUGCCCUUGAUUGUUGAUAUGGUUGAUUUUCUCCCCCACGAACAGGCAGAAGCUUGUUUUAAGGCUGUUGCUAACCUUGCUUAUCAGGAUAAUGAUGCUACUGUGGGUCAAUUGUCUGGUCCUUUUGAUGAUGCCGUUCUCGAGGGCUUGAAACAUGAUAUCGCCCAAGGAAGCCAAGGCUGGGCGGGCCUUCAUUCUCAGGCCCGGAGCGAGGACGACAUGCUUGCCAUUCCCUUUACUUCAGGGACAACUUCAAAGCCUAAGGGUGUCGUCUACACACAUCGGGGUUCUUACCUCGCCGCCAUGGCCAACAUUGUCGAGUCAGGCCUAAAUAUUGGGCGUUGCAAAUACCUAUGGACCCUACCAAUGUUCCAUGCAGUAGGAUGGACCUUCCCCUGGGCCGUCGUUGCAGUGCGUGGCACCAACGUCUGUCUUAGAAAGAUCGAUUAUCCUCUCAUCUGGAAGCUACUGAAGGAAGAAGGUAUCACACAUUUCAAUGCGGCCCCCACAGUCAAUACGUUACUGGUAGCGGCCAAGGAAGCUGAAAAACUACCACAUGAGGUCAAAGUCACGGUGGCUGCUAGCCCCCCAACAGGAUACCUUUUUGAACAAAUGACAAAACUAAAUCUUAUCCCUGUCCAUGUUUACGGAAUGACAGAAAAAUACGCAAAAAUGUCCCGGCAAGGACAUGGCUUCAUAACCAGUCUACCAAUCCGCAUCAUCAAGCCAGACCAGCCGCAAGGGGUUCUUAUCGAUGUUGCGAAGGAUGGCAAGGAGAUUGGCGAAAUUGUCUUUAUGGGAAACAUCUGCGCCAAAGAAUACUACAAGGAUCCCGCAGCUACACGGGAACUUUUUGCAGGAGGCGUUCUUCACUCGGGUGACUUAGCAGUGUGGCACCCAGAUGGCAGUGCUCAGAUCCAAGACCGCGCGAAGGACAUUAUCAUCUCUGGAGGCGAGAACAUCUCGUCCGUUGCUCUUGAGAGCAUGUUGGCCCAGCACCCAGAUAUUCUUGAGGCUGGUGCUGUCGCCGUUCCGGAUUCUCACUGGGGUGAGAGGCCGAAGGUCUAUGUCACAGUCAAGGAUGGCAAGAGCGUAACUGGAGAUGAGAUUAUUCAGUGGGCCAAACAUCAAAGUGACAUUAGCAGGUUUAUGGUUCCCAGAGAGGUAGAGAUCGUGGACGAGCUACCCAAGACCAGCACUGGCAAGAUCAAGAAGAACGUGCUUAGAGAGUGGGCUAAGCAUGGGAGGACAUAGGGCUCUUUACCGAGGUUAUGAGCAUCUGGCACAUCCAUGUUCCCAUCAGCACUAUUGUAUAUAUCCCGAGUUGUAUAUCUAGCGUUCUAGGACAGUCCAUCGAAUCUUACAGACAUGCGUCUGCAUACUA